AUUUUUUUACUGACUAUGGGGUUUUCAAAAUUGCUUUAUAGUGUGAGAUUGGCGCAGAGCACAAUAAAUUUAAGUAAAAGUGUUUUCGCGAGACAGUGCAGCAGCAGUGGUUUCAGCGAGACGUGCGUUUGCCCCGGGAAGGACAGCGGUGAACCGGACGGCCUCGUUCUCGGUGUGUACGAGUCGAAGGACGGUUCGACUUUUGAAUUAACGGAGGAGGGACGCCAAAUCGACCAGAAGUCCGCUGGGAAACUAUGUCGACACGUCAGCGAAAUGUCGUGCGAGCUGAAGCCCGGAGUCGCGUUUGUACUGACGGACCUGGCGCCAGACCUGCCCCCCGUCACCAUCGCGUCCUUCGGCAAGCGCGACGUCGGAUACAACCAUCUCGAAAACAUCAACGAAGCCAAGGAGAACGUGCGCGUGGGAGUGGGCGCGGGCGUGCGCGAGCUGCUGCGGCGAGGCGCGCAGAUGGUCUCCGUCGAUCCCGGAUACGGUCAGGAGGACGCCGCCGCGGAGGCAGCCAUGCUCGCAUCCUGGAGGUUCCAGGAGUUCAAGUCGUGCGAAAAUCGCGAGCCGGAAAUGAAAGUGAAACUAGCAGGGUCGGGAAAGGACGCAGACAAGUUCCAUCUCGGGGAGCUGCGCGGCCGAGCGCAAAACUGGGCGCGCUACCUGUCCGACAUGCCCGCCAACCACAUGACGCCCGUACAGUUGGCGCAGGCGGCCUUGGACGUGCUCUGUCCUUUGGGCGUGAAAAUAUCCGCACACGACGUCGACUGGAUUCGCACCCAGCGCAUGGAGGCAUUCCUGGCCGUGGCUCGCGGCUCGUGCGAGGACCCCUACUUUCUCGAGGCCACCUGGGAGGGGCCCGACAGCAAGAACAGGCCGCCCGUGCUCCUCGCCGCCAAAGGCGUCACCUUCGACAGCGGCGGAUUGUGCCUCAAGCGGCCUGCCAACAUGGUGGAAAACAGAGGCAGCAUGGCCGGAGCCGCCUGCGUCCUCGCCACCUUGCGUUACAUUGCCGAAAUAAAGAUGCCGAUAAAGGUGACCGCCGUUAUACCAAUUUGCGAAAACAUGAUAAGCGGACAGUGUAUGAAAGUGGGCGACGUGGUAAAAACACUCAACGGCCUGCACGUAACGAUCGAGAACACGGACAUGGAGGGGCGGCUGAUGCUGGCCGACGCGCUGGUGUACGGGCAGGCGGUGUACAAGCCGUCGCUGGUGAUCGACGUGGCCACCCUGACGCACGGCGUGCUGCUGGCCACGGGCGGCGGCGCGUUCGGCGCCUUCGCCACGUCGGAGGAGGCGUGGGGCGCGCUGCGCCACGCGGGCGCCGACAGCGGCGACCGGCCCUGGCGCUUCCCGCUCUGGAAGUACUACCUGACGCAAGUCACCAACGAGGCGGCCGUUGAUCUCAGAAACCAGGGCUCCGGACGAUCCACCCCCUGUCUCGGCGCGGCGUUCCUCAGCGUAAGUGAGCUGCCGCCUUUCGCGGCGCCCUCGAUUGUCGGUUCUGUGCGAACGGCGGUGCUUGUGUCCCAGAACUUCGUGUGCUGCGACUGGCUGCACUUGGACAUCACGGGCGUGGCCAAGCUGGCGCACUCCAUCGCGCCGCCCUACCUGGACCCGCUUCGCAUGACGGGGCGGCCGGCGCGCGCCCUCAUGUACCUCUUGCACGACCUCUCGCUGUCCUCCGAGAACGUCUCCUGCGACGCCGACCGGCGCUAGUCGCGCGCGGCCGCGUUCCUCGCCUCGCAUCAGCGCAGUCUUACCGAGCGUCGAAACUAGAUUAUGUACGAAUUUUUAUGACGGUAUAUGCGAACGAAGUAUUUCAGUCAUGUCCCCGACAACGUAAGAUGUUUGUAGUGUUAAAUAAAAAUAAUCUAAUUUAGGCUCCCGGACUAGACCAGUUCC